GUCUGUCAUUCACGCACGUGGUCUGCUUAAAUAUUGUUCUUUUUCAGUCGGGCAGAAUUAUUCGUUCUUUUUAUUUCCAUCGUCAAAUAGUGCUUAAUUCUUUUAUACACUGGUUUAGUUAUCAACUGUUUAUAUUUAAAAUGAAAGAAACACCGCUAUCGAUUUGUGAGAAACAAACUGUAAUCCAAGGCGUCAAAGAAGGACAAAGAGUUGACGGGCGUAGUCUCUCGGAACAGAGAAAGACUUGUAUUACAUUCGGAACAGAAUGGGGAUGCUGCCAGGUCCUUCUUGGAAACACAAGGGUGAUGGCGCAAGUUUCUUGCAGUGUCCAAGUCCCGAAAUCAUCAAGAGCAAAUGAAGGCAUGCUGUUUAUCAAUGUUGAAAUGUCUACUAUGGCAGCUGAACAUUUUGAAGCUGGCAGAUUAGGACAACAAGGCAUUGAAGUCAAUAGGCUAGUUGAAAGGUGCAUUAAAGAUUCCCGCUGCAUUGAUUUGGAGAGCCUGUGCAUUUUGGUUGAGGAACAAGCUUGGGAAGUGAGAGUUGAUAUACAUGUACUGAAUCAUGAAGGAAAUCUGAUUGAUGCUGCCACUUUGGCUGCUCUAGGCGCUCUUUGUCACUUUAAAAGACCGGAUGUAACUCUCGAUGGUCGGGAUGUUAUCAUCCAUCAGCUAGAUGAACGGGAUCCAGUUCCACUCACUAUCCUACAUCAUCCUUUAACUCUUUCCUUUGCUCUCUUUAACCAAGGGAGAAUUUGCGUCUUGGACCCAACAAAUUUAGAAGAACGUUCUGCCGAUGGAAAACUUGUGAUGGGUUUAAAUGCAUACCGAGAACUUUGCACAUUACAGAUAUCUGGCGAUGGGGUGUUUAUCCAUAAAGAAGCAGUUAUAUCGUGUGCGAAUGUGGCAGCAUCAAGAGCUGUUCAAAUGGUUGAAAUGUUAAAAAAAUCUCUGGCUGACGAUGCCGCCGAAAGAGCCAAAGGAAAGUACAGUGGGUUAGUUGCUAGCGUAGCGCUGGAAACAGAAAGAAUCACCACUCAGUCACAGGCCGAAGUGUAUUUCAAGGCGUCACAUCAUAAGGCUGAAGUAUCGAAAAAAGAACCUUCGGCAAUCACGAAGACGAAACUUGUAAACGAUCAAGGAGUUGUUACAUUAGAAACCUCUUGCGAUACGUCCAGCAGCGAAAGUGAGAUGGAAGUUGAACCACUCCCACCUGUGGCAGUAAAAAAGAGGGUCUACGAAGAAAUAGAUGUUGGAAAUGAUAGUGAAGAGGAGCCUGUCAUGUUGGUUAAAUUAAUAAUUAAAACAUGCCAAGGAGAAAACAACAGACGCACGCAUAUUUUUGAGUUCCAUCCUUUCGCUAGUUCAUCAUUUCGAAGACAAACGUGCUUUAACGUGAUUUGCACUGGGGGAGGGGUUGAAGCAUAGACAGACCACGGUUUUACAAGUUGUCAUUGUUUGGUUUCAGAUCGAGUUUGUUUUUAUUAGAUUUGACGGUGUAAAGGAAUGAGUGGAGGGCUUCCUUCUCCACCACGGGAAUAGUCCGGAAAUGGCGCAUCAAGGUCUAUCAUUUCAAUCACGAGGAUUAUUGAGCACACAUACCUGUAAGAGGCAUUUCCAGCCAUUCUAGGACAUCUCUCGCCAUCGUCAAUCAUCUGAUCAAAUUCAAUCAGGCAGCAAUGUUGAUCAUGGCUUCGCUUGGAAUCACGCGAAUCCUCCUCACCCGAACCCGUGCUAAACCCAUUCAUCUUUGAAAUAUGCUGAGUGCUCCCUCGCACGAUUGAUCGAAAGUCACAACAAAGGCAAUCUCGAAAGUUACCUUUCACUACAACGUACACAACGAACUGUGGACGCUUUUUCACGAAUUGCGUAUGUAAGCCAAAACAAACUGUUUACUUGAAAUCUCACGAUUACCGUACAACCUACUAAGAAAACGGAGGAAAUCUCCCCUUAAUUCUUCGCAAUAAUUGACUUUUGUUUAGCUACUUUUCAAUGUAUCCAAUCGAGUUUUUAGGAAAAGUGCAAGCCUACACAAGUCGUUCGUCGUUGAAACACACUUGUUAUUCUCCCUCAAGCUACGAAAACGGUAUCCAGACGCGCUUGAUCGAGAGGGCCGUCAUGUCUCCUGAAAAUUCUAAACUCCCUUGUUGCUGGUUCUUUUUUAUAGAAAAUAUUUUUACCAUGUGGCUUUCACAAAUAAUUUAAAGUAAAACAAGUUUAACUUGUAAAGUAUUUUCAAAAUUCAGUUGAUUUUCUAAGACGAUUGUAUGUUAAAUAAAACAUAAAGAAAAGUUCGAGAUAUCGCGCCCUCUGCCGUGGGCAACGUGUACUUCAUUAUCAUCACAGAAAAUGUUGAAUUUCGACUGUUGACCCUGUGCCGAAAAACGUUUGUUAAUAAGAGUUGUGUGAACAUUUUCCCACUUAAAAGCGACUUAUUUCAUAGAAUGUAAUCAUCGUAUGGCCUACGUGUGGUUUACUUGAGCUGUGGAAUGUAAAAUUGCAAAUGUUCUGUAGUUCUGACUGUUAUCAAUAACAUACAACAACAACA